AUGCAUGGAGAGGGGCUUGUAUCGCCUGUCAACGGAGUAAGGUCCGAUACAAGCAAAGAUGCGAGUUUCAGGAACUAGUUGAUCAGAAGAAGAAGAAGAAGAAGAAGAAGAAGAAGAAGAAGAAGAAGAAGGGAUUUAUUCGCCUUGAUGGGCUCAAGUGAGGAUCCGAAACGUCAGGCGAAUAAACCCCUUGUUUCAGCGAUCGUUUCUUCUUCUGGAGAAAGCUCCAGCGGCCCGACAAGGCCCCCAUUGGCACCUUUCCUGGUUCUGGUGCAAGGUUCAGUCCCGUUCACCUGGACAUUGCAGACCUCUGCCUCUGUCCAGUGGUUGUUUCUAUCUCACCUGUGAGGAUCGGUUUACCCGGUGGCCUAAAACUAUCCCUGCUUGCCAUUGCUGCUCCAACGGUGGCCAAGGCUUUUCUCAGUCGUUGGGUUGCCAUCUUUUGUGCACCCUCCAUUACCACGACUGACCACGGUGUCAAGUUGUAGUCUAACCUCUUUCAGUCUCUUCUCUCCUUUUUAGGCUGUACUUGCAUCCGGACGACAACCUAUCGACCGGCUACCAACGGGAUAGUCGAGCGGUUUCACCGCCAGCUGAGGGCCUUCCUACGCGCCGCGGCCGAUCCGGGGAACUGGACGGGCAACCUUUAUCUGGUUUUGUUGGGCAUCCGCUCCGAUCUCAAGCUGGACCUUGACUGUUCUGCAGCUCAACUUGUGUUCGGUGCCACCGUCCGACUGCCCAGUGAGAUGAUCCCUCCAACCUCCUGCACCGCCUCCGGCAGCUUAUGCGGACACUUUCUCCGGUUCCGCCCAGAUCUUCCGCCUCUCCGUCUCAUCUCGAGAAGGACUUGGCAAGGUGCUCUCACUUCCACCUUCGACGUGAUCGAAUCCGCCGGCCUCUGA